AUGAUGGUGACGAUGACGAUGACCAUAACGAUGAUGAUGAAUGACGAUGACGAUGAGGGUGACGAUGACGAUGAUGAUGACGAUGACGUUGACGAUGAAGAUGAUGAUAAACAUAACGAUGACGAUGACGAGUACGCUGAUGAUGAUGAUGACGAUGAUGAUGAUGACGAUGAUGAUGAUGAUGAAAAUGACUAUGACGAUUACGCUGUUGAUGACGAUGAUGAUGACGAUGACGAUGACGAUGACGAUGACGAUGAAGAUGACGAUGACGAUGACGAUGACGAUGACGAUGACGAUGACGAUGACGAUGACGAUGACGAUGACGAUGAAGAUGAUGAUCACGAUGAUGAUGACCAUGACAACGAUGACGAUGAUGAUGAUGACGAUGAGGAUGAUGAACGAUGA